CGCUUUUUCUCUGAGAUCUGCGAGCUUAAUCUUUGAUCUCAUGCUGCUGCCCUUUGCUGCCGCCUGCCAGUGCCUGCAUUUGCAGCCGUGCACAUUUCAGCACUUCGCUUUGCGCCGCGCCUGUUCGUCAUUCAUGGCUGUUGACUAUGUGGCUCUUGCGCGAGAGUACGGGCGGCUGUCGAAUCUGCACGACCUGUCUGGCAUUUUUCGCAUGAUCAACGACGAUGCCGUCAUCUAUGGGAAUGAGGGGCGGGCGGCCAUCGUCGAAGGAAUGAGGGCGUUCAGAAGGAGAUACAAAGACGUAUACUGGGUGGUGAGCUUAUGAGCACACACAAUGGACUGACUCACGGAAGCCAUCUAUGUGUCUGCCUGUGUGGCUGUAUGCAGUUUCAUUCCUUUGAGCUGGUCGGCCCUCGUCAAGUGGAGUUUGCCUUCGACCGCUACUGGCGGGCCGACAGUGGCGAUGGUGCUGCUGUUAUGGUGUGCUCGGCUGCCGAAGUCAUCACCUUCACGGAAGACGGCCUGAUGCAGCGCAUCGACUACAGCCGGCGGCCAACAGACCCGCAGCCAUCGGCAGGCUAUCCGGAAGGCGCACAAGUGACGCCAACCGAUUGAUGGAUGAGUGGAUGAGUGGAUGGAUUGAGAGGCAGUGACAUUCUGAGCCUGGCGAUUUGGUGUUGCCUUGUCUGACGCGACGAUUUGCUUUUCCGUCUGUCUGCAUUCGAGUCGAUCUGUGGGUCCGGGCGGUUGGUGAGAGCAGGGACGCGGGACAAGGAGAGCGCAGGCAGACAGACAGACAGUCUGAUAAUAGACCGUGUGUCAAAAACGCUUCGCUUUUGUACAGUGUGUGUUGGUGUCCGUGUCUGCUGACUGGAUGCGGUUCGUCCUGUCGAUACAACAUACAUGCUAUGGCAAAGAAAGGUUCAGAGAAUUGUGG